GCCUAGGGCAGGCGGAAACGGGCGGGCCCAAGGCCCAGGGGAGGGUCGCGGCGCAAGGCGUGCUGGUCGGCGUUGAGCGCGGCGGUCCUGCGGCGAUGGCUCCGAAGGGGAAGGGAGGCGGCAAGGCUGGCAAAGGCGGUGAGAGCAGCGAGGGCAAGGCCCAGGGCCCAAAGGGCGGUGGUAGCGCCGUGAAGGUCCGGCACAUCUUGUGCGAGAAGCACGGCAAAGCCAUGGAAGCCAUGGAGAAGCUGAAGGCCGGGGUGCGCUUCAGCGAGGUAGCCUCGCAGUACAGCGAAGACAAGGCCAGGCAGGGGGGAGACUUGGGCUGGAUGACCAGAGGCUCCAUGGUGGGACCAUUCCAGGAAGCAGCGUUUGCCCUGCCGGUGAGCAGCAUGGACAAGCCGGUGUAUACAGACCCCCCUGUCAAAACCAAGUUUGGGUACCAUAUUAUUAUGGUGGAAGGCAGAAAAUAAAAUAUGAAUGACCGUGGAACUCA